CGCGUUGUUUGUCCCUCCGGCCGAGCCGUAGUGUUCGCUCCUCCUCGCGCAAGCAUGGAGGGCGCUGCGGCCUCCGCCGAGGGUCUGCGCUACGCCGAGUACGCCCGGGCCCCUACGGGCGCCGGCAAGGGCCAAGCCGAGCUGGACCGGGGGCUGGCCAGGACUAUGAUAGCACUUGGACUUGGCAUUGCAACUGUUGCAUUUGCAGGUCGUUAUGCUUUCCACGUUUGGAAACCAUUGGAGCAGGCAAUUACAGAGGCAGCAAAGAGGAUUUCAACUUCCAGUCUUUCAUCAUACUAUAAAGGAGGAUUUGAACAGAAAAUGAGUAGGCGAGAAGCAAGUCUUAUUUUAGGUGUAAGUCCAUCUGCUGGCAAGGACAAAAUCAGAACAGCGCAUAGGAAAAUCAUGAUUUUGAAUCAUCCUGAUAAAGGUGGAUCACCUUACUUAGCAACAAAAAUAAAUGAAGCAAAAGACUUGCUGGAAUCCAGUGCCAAAAACUGAAACCGAAGCCUUGAGUCAUAGGAGACUCAGCAGAUGCAUUGUGCAAUAACUUUCAUGUCUGCUUGCUCUGCAGUUUCUUAACAUUGAUCAUAUUUAUUGUCAUAAAUAAAGUGUUAAGAUUAUUUAAAAGCAAACUGAAAUCUUUUACAGUUAUGUAAAGUUCUGUACAGUUAAACUCCUGCAAGGAACAGGGAGUUCAAAGUUGGAAUGAUGAUUGUUACUUUGUUAGUAAAGAAACAACCCUAUCUUUGGGAUCACCAUAAACUCUGUGACAGUGCAUUGAGUCACAGGAAAUAUGAUAGACCCCAUUACCAAGUGUUCAGCACCACCUUAAACUUGAAUCUGUUCAUUUGUGAAGUAGUAGGGUUUGUUCAUGGGUGCAGUUUGAGAGCUGCAACUCAGGACAAAAAAUGACUGAUGGGACUACAGAUUGCAGCUUCCUCUGCUAGGUGUGUUUAUGGAGCUUGGAGCUAUGAAGGAGAAUUCUUGGGUUUGGUUGCUUCUUUUACAUAUUAAAGGAUCUCUGAAAUUGUCAAGUAAUUAUUUAGACAUGCUUUUUCUUCAAGCCACAGAAUAUGCUUAAUCUCUAGCAGGUAGACAUGGGGUUUUCACGGCAGUGGGAUUGAAGAAGGUAGCUCCAUGUGGUAUGGUUUAGGUGGAUUUUCCAGGCUGCUCCUUGACUAGGUUAACCCAGUCAUGUGAGCCUGGUGUAGGACUGAUACAGCAGUGAACCAACAGGAGAGUACCUGCUUUGCACAUGGAUCCAGGAGCACUUCCUGGGUUAGUUCUCUAGUAAUGCUCACAUUUCUGCAUUAUGCUUCACAUCCCAGAGCAUACAUACCUCCUGCCUGAUGUUGCGUCCUAGCAAUCUAGUGCUGGCUUUGGGGAAUCCUGGAGUCAUGGAUCUCAGACUUCAGAGAGAGCAAGUUUUAAUUGACAGCUCAGGGUAGGUGCUAUUUGGAGCACUUGGCUGCUGCAGAUUACUACCAGUGGGUUGUCUGCAGUUGAAUUAAAUCUCCUAGGCCAGACGGUCUAAUGCAUUCAGUGCAAGACUGAAAAACUUCUAGUGUCCUUUCAAACUCUAUCAUUAGAGGUACAACAAACAGCUUACUGAAGUGCUACAAAUACAAAAUUUAGAUACUCCAUUUUCUAAGUUAUUUAGCCAGAGGUAAGUGGCUAAGAGUAGUUAAUAUGAGGUUGGAUGCUUUAAUUAUUUAUUCACCAGAACAUGCAUUUGUAGUUCAUCCAUUGGUGGAUGUUCAGAUUACAUGGAUUUUUCCUUGAAAGGAAGAAAAAGUAUGAAUAUUUUUUAUCAGAUUCCUCACACUUUGUCACAGUUCCCUUACUUUCAUUAAAGGGAAAUGAAAAAUUUUAAGUUGACCCUAAAAGAAAAUGCUAAUUCUAAGUACUUUAGAGACUUUAUUGCAAUUAGUGUGGCAUUACAUAUGGCACAAUUUCACUGGAUAAAGCAAAAAAGACCGCCAGGAGAAACCUGUCUGGGAAUAGCAUACACUAUACAAGUACAAUUGCAUCAUAUAACUUGUGCUGUAAUACAAGAAUCUUGAAUGAAAAUAGUUUAUUCCUAUGCAAGAACCUUUAACUGGUUCUUGUUAAAGAACAAGAACCUUUAAUUGGUUCUUGUUAAAGGAGUAGCCAUCAAUUAAUGCACAUUUAGGGUUAGUCAUUCUUUUCACUAGUAUAUUGGUGUGUAUUGGCAAAAAAUAGAACCAUGAGUUUUCAUUUGAGGAGGAGACAAGUGAAAUGGUGAUGUUCCUAAUUUUCUGAAGUGGAAUCUGUAAGUGAUAUGAAUCAUUGUGCAAAAUCACAAAUUAUGUGAAUGGUAGGUGGUAAAAACAUUCUGCUUAAUGAUUUUGAGCUGACUAGCUGUUUUCAUAUUGCUGCCUUGUUUUCCUAAGUAAAAUGAGUUGCAGAGAGCUGUUCUAAAGUAUCAGUUAAAUACACUAAAGAUGGCUUCUUGCUCUCUUCUUAAAAAUGAACUUUCUAUGCCUUUUUUAAGAAGCAGAGGGUUUGUUUUUUCUGGAGGUUCUAUUGUUGAUAAUUUCCUUCCUGAUAUAAUUGUUUAUAUCUGAUUAUUUUGGACGAAACUUUUUUCUGCCUUUUAGUUAUAAGAGAGAUUGUCCUUAACAAAAGAAAUAAAACUGAGUUCCAGUUCUGCUUUCUCCGUUUUUUUUCAGAGCAGACUAUUGACUAGUUAACAAAUUUGAUAAAUUAAAAAAUUCAGCAAAUUAAGUGGCUUGUCCUAUCUCUGGAAAAUGCUGUAAAAUGAAUGAAGCUAAUGAGGAGCAGUUGUGAAAGCAUCACACAUACAAUAGCAUUUUUUUUGUCUGUUUACUUGCACAGUUGCUUUACCUACUAAGUGAUGUUUAGAAGGAUGAAUAUAGGACAGGGAAAGGCAAAUCAUGGAAGUGCUGCUCGAUUUGUUGUUGCUGAUAGUCAACAUGGCAGGCUGAGGAAUGUCUUUGGAGACUGCCUUGUAAAACAGUACCUGGAUUGAUGCUCAACUGGGCUAGGAGGAACAGGAUGCUACUAUUUUUAAAAACAUAGCCUAGUAAUUUAAUCUUAAAAAUAUUCAGCCUCUUGAGACUUACUUUCUUUACUUGUCAGAUGGAUAAGUGUUUUUUGUGUAAGAAAAGUGCAUAGAGGUUGAUUUAUUCUGGUGCAAUUUCUGUCCGUCUGUGGUACAAGGAGACUCAUUUUUCAUAUGUUGCUUUACUGUUUAGAAAAUGUUCAUCUGUAACUUCUUAGCUUGGAAUUCCCAGGUGUUUUUCUGCUUCGAUGAUAACCAGUCCUGUGGUGGUGUGGAUGGUUGGACUUUCCCCAUUUCAGUAUGUUAAACCUCAGUUGGACUCCACAAAGAAAGUUGGGACAGUGUAAGCAGAAACAAGCAGGUGCUGUGAAGGACUGUGACAAGGAAAAGAAGGACAGACGAGGGAGAGGAUUUAAAGAGAGAGACUUAAGGAAGAAGGAGAGGGUGCUGAAAGAAGGAUAUAGGAAAGAGGGUUUUGAGGCAGAGAGAAGUUGAAAGAUAUAUGGGUGGUUUACCAAGUAGGAAGGAUUUAGAUAUGUGGAAAAGAUGAAAGGCUGGUGGGUCCUAUAUUGUAUGUUCUGUACAAUGCUGUAUGUUCUGUACACCCCCCCCCCUUUAUUGAAAUUCAUAAGUUCCCCUUGGUCACAUGUUACCUUUUCCCCUCUUCCCGCCACUGUGUUAUCCCUCCCCUAUCCCCUAACUGGUUCAAGGCUUGCAACCCUUCCCCUUAUCUCCCAAGUGUCAAGGUUCCAUUGGUUGCCGCAAAGAGGGACUCCCAUUUCUCCUCCCCUACCCCGAAAGCAUAUAAGCUGGUGCAUUUCUUUGUUCGGGAUCCAGUUCCAGUUCAGCCUGGUUCCACUUCGGUCUGGACAGUGCUAUGUUGGAUUAAAGUUGUGGUUCCUCUGUCUG